AUGGAAGAAUUGACUAUAGAUCAUAUGACCAUUGUACAUCCGCACGUAAAACAUUUAUACAUGAUUUCCAAACUUACAAUUACAAAUUACCCACUCGAUAAAUUAUUAGUUCGCCGUAAACUUUUGAAGACUUUAUGCAUGGGAGGAGGAUUAUUAACCAUCAAUGGUUCAGAAUCCCUCUGCUUAACUAAGAAAUUACUUACUUGUAAGCCGAGUCAAUUCGAACUUGCUGAUGAGCCAGCCACUAGAGCUUUAGAUGCGAUUAAGGAAUUUCAUAAGGAAGAUAAUAUUGGAGAGAAAUGCGAAAGAACUCGUGAUAAGAUUGGAAAGUUGCGGCUAUUGUGUCUGAAUAUAAAUUUCAUUUCAUUUUUUUUACAUCCAGUAAACGCUGUUGGUGCUUUGGCUCAUCAAUUGUUUGAAAUUGAAAGUAUUUAUAUUUAA